AUGUAUAAGCCACAGAACGUCCCCCGGCAAUUUGGAGGUAGGCGCCACACAGCAGGCCUAACAGGUGCGACAGGUGCGACAGGUCCCGCUGGCAUGAGUCCGGAAGGUCCACCCCAAACUCAACCGAGCCAAUACAGCCACAGCCACAGCAAGUCCAAUCGUCGCCAAGGCCAAGGGCAACAACCCAAUAGGAAGUUACUACCCCACCACAUCUACCCCGCGCUACUUUUCAUAGCAACAUCUUCAAUUUUUUUCCUGAUCUUUCUUUUUCCCUGGAAGAUACUGCCACAUCGUCAAGGUUGGACUUUUAGUCAGAGUAUCAAGCAAGACAUAGAGAAUUACAAGGGAGCUGUAUCACACAUCUUCCCUUCUUCUCCUCCUUCACCUUCUACUAUUACAGUUACUUCAACACUUUACCUCGAGCCUUCUAUCGAACCUACCCAAGUACCAACCAAAGAAGCGGUACCAAUCCCAGAACCCAAGAUGUCGACUGAACAGACCUUCAUUGCCAUCAAGCCUGAUGGUGUCCAGCGUGGCCUCGUUGGUCCCAUCAUCUCCCGCUUCGAGAGCCGUGGCUUCAAGCUUGCUGCCAUCAAGCUCGUCACCCCCGGCAAGGCCCACCUUGAGAAGCACUAUGCUGACCUCAAGGACAAGCCUUUCUUCCCCGGUCUAAUUGAGUACAUGAACUCUGGCCCGAUCGUCGCCAUGGUCUGGGAAGGUCUUGAUGCCGUCAAGACUGGCCGAACUCUCCUCGGCGCUACCAACCCCCUUGCCUCUGCCCCCGGUACCAUCCGUGGUGACUUCGCUCUCCAAACCGGCCGCAACGUCUGCCACGGCUCCGACAGCGUCGAGAACGCCAAGAAGGAGAUUGCCCUAUGGUUCCAGGAGGGUGACGUCGUCAGCUGGGAGAGCGCCCAGGCCAAGUGGAUCUACGAGUAA